GUCCCCUGGACCGGUUUAUGGAAUGACUGACUCCCGUCUCGGGGUAAUUUCUACUUCGAAAGGACUUGGGGAACCUUCUGUAGAGACAGGCUUCAUGAAAUCUGCAAGGAGCCGCAGGAUUCCCAGCGCCGGAGUCAUAGAGCUUCAUGUCUUCUGUGUCCCAGCUGAACUGUGGAGCAGUAAAUUGAAUACAGUUUCCAACCACGCCAUAAACAAGUUCAUCUCAGUGGGGUUCAUCAGGGUUUUACCUGAUCUGAAUCUGAAAGCACUGAGGCAGCAGGUUGGAGAGUUGCUUGGAGCUCGGACUGUCGAUGAUAAAUUUGCUUUCCUAAAAUGUGUUGGAAGGAUUCGCAACAGUUGGAAAAAGAAAUACUUUGAAUCGAAGAAGCUGACUGCCCCUUUAGAAGAAACAUCAUGCAGGUUACGGAAGGAGCUGGAACAGCAUUACCUGAAACUGCUGCAGCACCUGGAGGCCAGGGACUCGAGAAAAAGGCCCAGAAAGUCAACCAGCACUAGCGAUCCCAAAAACGAGUUAAUUAUUCAGAUUACAACACUCAAGCAUGAGAUUGAUCAGCUGUACAGAAGUGUGGAAAAUGCCAAAAUGAAGCUAAUUACUGAGAUAAAGCUGAGAAAACAGACAUCUACAGAUCUCCGAGCCCUCCGUGCUGAACUUGCACAGAAGAAAACCCAGUCAUCCCUAAAUCGCCUGCAUGGUGGCUCUGUAACUCACAGUUUGAAUGUUUUAGUGACUUAACCAAAACGAGACUGUGUUACCUUUGAUCUCUUAGCCCUCCCUAUGGGAUCUUGCUUCAAUUGGUAUCCAUGUUUCCUGAUUUCACUCAAGUGAUCCCAUUUCAAAAACCAUUUCACUGCCCGUGAAGCACUUUAGGACAUCAAGGGGUUGUGAAUGGCGCUAUAUAAAUUCAUGUUCUUCCUUUGCCUCUGUUCAGUUUUGACAAGACAAAUACCAAAGCCACCUCACCGUUUCUGAUUUACUUGCAUAUUCUGAAAGACAACCAAAUUUGUUCUGUUUUAAUUGAUCUUUCAAUUUAUUUAAUGCAAACUCUUAGAGUGCAGUAGAAGGCUGUAAAGUUGAUUCCCCAUUUGCAGCUGCUGAAACAUGCGAUUGUGUAAUAGCAUCGCUCAGCGAAGGUAAGAAAUGGCCUGUAUGAAGACAGGCAAAAAAAACCCCAAUAAGUUCCAAAGAGGAAAGGAAGACACUUUUUAUUUAAAUUGCAAUGAUUCAAGGAGACAACUCACCAGCAUUGUCUCAAGGCCAAUAAGGAAUGGGCAAUAAAUGUUCAGUCAGCAUCAAUGGCUCAUUAUAUUUUGAAAUGAAUCAUUAUUUUCUUCUUUCUUGUGGUUAAUGUAAAUGUGGACCAGCAGCUACAAUUUUGUCAAGUUACAAAAUUAAUAAAUUGUAGGAAUUUGAAAGGCAAGAUAGUUCGUACUUCAGGAUUUUGAAACUUUACUGGCAUUUGAAAAAGAAUGGACUUAUUAGGGAGAGUCAGCAUGAUUUUAUGUGGGGGAUGUCUUAUCUCACAAACUUGAGUUUUUUGACCAAGUCCAAAGAUAAUUGUUUUCACUAGUGCUUUGGAGACUGAGGGGGUGAGCGCAUAGAAAUAUAUAAAACUAUGAGAGUAUGGAUAAAAUGGAUAGCUGGAGUCUCUUUCCCAAGGUGGAAAUGUAAAAUAUCAGGGGCCAUAGGUUUAAGGUGAGGGGGUAAAGUUUAAAGGAGAUGUGCAAAGCUAGUUUUUUUUAUGCUGAAAGUGUUAGGCACCUGGAAUGUGCUGCCAGGGGAGGUGGUAGAAGCAAUAUUAUAGCAACAUUUAAGAGUCAUUUAGACAGACACAUGACCAGGCAAGGAAUAGAGAGAUCCGGAGCAUGUGCGGGCAUCUCUCUGCCUUAAAAAUAUUUACAGAUUCUGCAUCCACUGUCUUUUGAGGAAGGAAAUUCCAAAGACUCUCAACCCUCAAAGAAAAUAAAAAUCCUCAUCUCUGUUUCAAAAGGGUGACCCAUUAUUUUAAAACCAUGAAUUGUAGUUCUAGAUUCUGCCACAAGAGGAAGCAUCCUUUCCACAUCCACGCAGUCAAAUCCCUUCAGGAUCUUAUAAUUUUCAAUUAAGUCACCUCCAACCUCCAGGGGAUAUAGGGCUGGCCUGUUUAACCUUUCCUCAUAAGGUAAUUCAUUCAUUUCAGACUAGUAAAGUAUAGUAAAACUCCAAAAUUUGUUGAAGCUUUUUUGUCUCACACUCAUCAGAAUAUUCACAAGAAAUAUUAAUGUAACUGUUUUAUAGUGUAUGAGAAGACAGUGUUGAUUGGUUGGCCAGUGAACUCAGUAGUAGAAAUGCUUCCAGGAAGAAUGCACCAGUUAGACGAUGACUGAUAGUUAACUGCCAAGCUUUGUUAAAAUUGUUAUUAAAACUAUGCUUCAUCGUCAUUAAUGCAAAUAAUGUUGAAGGUUGCAACCAGCAAAUAACAAAUAGAUGAUGUGUUUUUACGCAGCAUGAUAUUGUAAAAGUUGGAGUGCAUUGCGUUCGUCGUUACUUGCAAAGAGGUAUAAAGAAGAAAAAUUGCAGACCUGUUGGGGAAAGCAACGAUAGUGUUGUGUAUUCAAUGGUUUCUUGUACUUUUAAUAUGUCUCAGAGUUGUGAAAAUAUGAUGAUAGUUUCAAAGUGUGCAACAGGUUUAUUUAUGUGUCCUUUUAAAUAUCACUGCAAUCACAAAAUGUUUGUACUUUUCUUUUAUUCAUUAACGGGAU